AUGAGCCAUGACGCCGCUCACGGCCGCCAUUCCGUCUCACCUCCUUCUUCUGGUCGCUCUUCGCCGGUUCCACGCGCCACGCGUCGAGUUGUCGAGGAUGGUAUGUGGGUUUGUGCGUUGCUAAUCAUUUGGACAAAAUUCUAAUCAAGGUUUAGGAUUGUACAAGGCCGACAAAAGCUUGAAGCGGUAUGCCGCCAAUAUCGAACGGGUCCUCAGCACAUGGGAGAUUGCUCCAGAAGAAUGGGCCGACUACAUUGCUUUCUUGGGCCGUUUACUGAAAGCAAUACAAACACAUCCCAAGGAUGCUCCAAUUCUCCCGCAUAGCGAUGCCAUUUCUACGAGGCUCGCGCAAUGUCUGAAUCCGGCAUUACCUUCCGGAGUUCAUCAGAAGUCGCUGGAACUUUACCAUUAUAUCUUUACGACUUUCGGGAACGAUUACAUCGCCAGUCAUCUCCAUGAGCUGCUACCCGGCCUCUCGUCGGUUCUGUCAUUCGCCUCACUAACCGUUCGUCCGGGUCUUUAUAGCCUAUUUGAGGACCACAUCGUGGCCUUGUCCCCGUCAGACCUUCGACCUGCACUAAAGUCACUGAUACUUGGUCUGUUGCCGGCUCUCGAGGAGGAGAACAGCGAAGAUUUUGAACGCGCUUUUGGCAUCUUGCAGUCGUUCGAGGAAUCAUUUGCUCCCACAUUCAAAUCAGACGAUCUCACCCAAGAAAGCGAUGGUUACUUCUGGCAAUGUCUCUUCUUGGCCGUUGUCUCAAGCCCUUCAAGAAGACAAGGGGCACUCAACUUCCUCUCUCGAAAAUUGCCCAAACUCGGGAGAGACCCUGCGGCGUCUAGCGCUGGUCCUGAUAAGAUUCGGCUUUCUCGAGAAGCACAGAGAAUAAUCUCUCCAGAGCCCGGACUGCUCGUGCGCUGCUUCAUUUGCAGCCUGUCUGACCCUCAAAUACUGAUACAAAGAGGCUUUCUUGAUCUUCUGGUCACGCACUUACCACUGGACUCCAUCGUGCUUCAAGAAAAGAUUGGCAGCGAUGACUUGGAUCGAUUAGUAACGGCGGCAACGCAGGUGUUACUCCGCAGAGACAUGAGCUUGAACCGACGUCUAUGGAGCUGGUUUCUCGGACCUGAGCCGAAGGACCAACCAGAUGCCAGCCAGCCUUCAUCUCCUACGAUUUCGAGAGAAUCUUCUCAAGAAAGUGAGCCUAGUGCACAGCUGCGAUACUUUUCCAGAAAUGGCCAGGCAAGUCUGAAGCGUUGUAUACUCAGCAUGCUCCAAAGCCCAAGAAUGGAACCAUCUUGGAGAGCGAGACCCUUCCGGAUAUGCCUGUCUUUGAUGGAUCGUUGGGAGAUUGGCGGACUUCUGAUACCUGAGGUCUUCCUCCCCGCAAUGAAGAGUCUGCACACGUACAGCUUGAACGCUCCAUCUAACGACGUCGCGGAUGUCGUUCGCAGUGCGAGCUUGUUUUUUGACGGAGUCGAGGCAAGCCUUAUCUGGGAACGCCUGAUGGGUGUCCUACGUGAUGCAUUCGAGCGAGGACAGCCUGCUGGACCUGCUCUUCAGCUGUAUCAGUGGAUCAUCAACAGCUUCAAUGUGAAAGACGAGGAGAUGUUGAACAUCCAUAUCCCACAUGCGAUCCUCUAUCUUCUCAGCAGCUUUGAUCCUGCCAAUUUUGCAUCCAAAAGCCGGCAGCAGAUCUUGACACUAUUGUCUCAGAUGCUCGAGAUCGUGCCUGCUAGAGUAUUCAAAUCUUCAGGCGAUCACGAGCGGAACGUGCGAAAGCAUGGCCCCUCUGAGACUGCAGGUGAUGAUAAAAUCCGCCGAGCAAUCGCCAAAUACUACAGAGGAGACGAGCCGAGCACAGGAAAGCCAACCGCACCUUACGACAGUGCGGAGGUGCUCAGUUUAAUCAUCCCACGGAUCGUCUCAAUACUGGAGAAAGCACUUUCAACACUAGAUUCGGAACUAUGCGCGCAAUCUACCGCCCUCUUCAUGGACUUAUUGUCGAAGAAGGAAGGUGGUGUAAGUCUUCAUGGUGCAAGACUACGUGAGACACUAACGAAGACACUAUGCGCGACUUCUGGUAGCACCAGCGCCACACCAUUUCCCAUAAUCAGCUCCACUAUAAUGCUCAUGACAAUGUUGCGGUCACAGACUUCAUCGGAAGACUACUUCAGUGAGAGUCAGGCCUCACAGUUGACCGUUGCAUUAAGUUCGAGACUGUGGGAAUACUUCUCUCCCGAGAAGCCCAAGUAUCACGUCGAAGCUACAAAAGCUCUCUGGCAGCUUGAAGACUUCGCGUUUCCCGGCGAUGCAUUGGCAGCUACUCUGACAGGUCUAGUAAGGAAUCGAGGUGAAGCUAUCGACCAAGCUGAAGCUACUCGCCGAUUCUGCGUGCUGUGGAAUCACUCCAUCACUACCGGUGGAUCCAAAUCUGGCACCCUUCGAAGAGGAAGUGCUAUAUCUGUGCUCAGUGACGCCAAGCAGCACAGCAGAUCUCUUCAGGUGCUUGAACGGCCGCUCUUGCUGAUAAUCGACCAAUUGGAAGAUCCUGAGCUCCCCGCCUUCGACGUUGUCAAGAGCUGGCUAGACGGACUGCAUUCGCUGGAUCAGGUCUUGGUUCUGCUGUUCAGGAACCUCAGCGAGCUAAGGCUUUCAGUAUUUGAGAACCGGGACCCCGGUGAGCAACAAGAGAAACGUCGUAGAGACGGCGACAUCCGUGGUGUUGAGUACGUCCUGAGCCUGUUCCAGAACAUCCUGACACAUGAUAGCGAAUGGACUUGGCAGUGCCUGAGCAGGAUUUUGGUGACCGGAAGUACCGCCGAGGAGGAGCAUGAUGGAUUUGCUUCCUUGACAGAAACAUGCUUGGCACUGCUGUGCAAUGAGAGACAUCGAUCAAAAUCUCUGGACCGACGAUUGAUAUCUAUCUUGGAAUUACUCUUGAACAGCCCUGCAGCUGUGGAACUAAAGCCACUUGAUCUGGAUACAAUCCUACUAGAUCGUCUCGUCGCCUGUAUUGAGGGCGACCUGGUCUCGUUGCAGGGAGGGAUAUUGAGACUUGUGCAAGCAGCAUUGAAACUGCGACUUCCGAAGUCAGAAGCUGAACAACAACCAACUACAACUCAUAGGGGAUCGUCCAGCAACUCCCCGAAGAGAAACUCGACUGCUCCAUACCCUAGACCUACUACCAGCGCUUCGGUCACGAGUCCAAGCCCUACGCCACCGCCUCAAUUGUUCAAGUGCCUGCGCCUUGGGUUUUCUUCUCCUGCUACAAGGUAUCACUUGGACCAAUGGCUGGCUUUCCUUGCCGACGUUCUCCCUAACUUUGCAGACGCCAUCUUUUCAAAUCUGCUUCCGUUAAUUGAGUGCUUCUGCCAGCAGUUGCGGAAGAAUCACGAAGAAAUGCUCAUGCUAUCCAAAAAGGGUGGCUCUGCGAAAGCUGUUGCUCCCGAAGCUGUGGCAAUGAGUCUUUUGGAUGGCCUGGAAAUGCUGCUAGAUCGCGCAUACGAAUGUCUUGUCAGCGAGGCAGUAUCUGAGCCUCCGCCAAAAGAGAAUGAGGCCAAGCAAAGCUUUCUGACCAAUGUCACAUCUGGAGUCUUCAAAUCGGAAGGCCCUCCUUCACGUACCUCAACAUCAAACAAUCGACUGACUGUGAUCCUGGCCUUCCAAGAUUCGAUCCGGGUUGCUCUUCGAAUGUGGAUCUGGGCCAGCAAGCCAAGUACAGCAUCUGAUCUCGACGACAGCAGUUCGGCGACGACUGCGUACAAUGCACUUCGGGUACGCAACAAGACGAGACAUCUCUUGGAACAGAUUUUCUCUGUUGAACCACUGGAGAGUCUCGAAGUGCUGAUUGCGCAUUGGUGCUUCGCCGGCGAGGACACAGAUGCACAUUCAGCACUCAGCAUUCUCCAAGUGAUGCAAGUCUCACGGCCUAAGAAUGUCGUGCCCGCAACACUGAAUGCUCUCGGGACGCGGACCAAUCCUGGUUCAAUACCGACAUCCCGCACGUCUAGCUUGACGCUGGAUCUGAGCCCGUCCGAUAUUGCUACCUUCUUCUCCGCGUACCUCGACUCCACAGAAGACGACGCCAUGGAUGAGAUCUGGCAGGACUGCAUUACUUUCUCCAAGGAUGUCCUGGCGAACCCUCUGCCUUAUCGCCAGAUCUUACCACAUCUGCUGUCAAUCAUACUGCUUCUUGCUGAAAAGCUCAACAAUACGAACUUCGGGGAGCAGAGAAAGAUGCGCCGCGAGCUCACAGAUAUUUUCCAGCGAUUGCUUUCUGCUACCUUCACGGCAUUACCUUCUGGAUAUAUUGCGGAGCUCGCCGCAGAAGACGCACUGCAAAACGGCGACACUGCUUCUAGACACGCGAGAAUUGCACAUUCGAUGACACUGAUACCGGUACUGAAUCGUGUGGUUGGUAAAAUCGAUCUCAUACUCGACACACAAGAGCGAAUCGGCGCUUCGGUUAACACCAUCACUGCCAGCCUUCUGGUGCCCACCUUCCAUGCUCGAUCGUUCCCGAAAAAUGUCAAUGACGACGUUCUAACUUUGGUCACGAGCAUGACGAGGAAAGCACCCUCGGCGAAAUCGUGGAAAAAGGAAAUCUCCGAAGCAUUCAACGAUCCCAGGUUGCUGUCCUCGGCACCAGCAGUGAUGAUUAAUGGAUGGUUCCCGGUCCUCCAUCAAUGGUCCCUGUACGACAAAGAACGGAUGCCAGAGCUCUUAGCACGGCUCGCGCCACCUUCCGGUGCUGGGAUCAUGUUCGGUGUUGGAGCCUCCGCUGCCAGGCUUGAGGCCGACCGCAAGACACAGUUCAAUCUCCGACGAAUCUGCAUCUUACUACUCGCAUCUCCAGAAGACACAUAUGUCGCGCAUUUAAGGCCCAUUGAAGAGAAAUUGGCGGAGCUGUUCGAAGCCAGCCGAUCUUCCUCGCCAUCAGCUGCGAUCAGAGCCGAGCUGUUCAUGCUCUGCAGAAGUCUGGCAUUGUCUGUCAGUACAAUGCACCUCUCACCACUCUGGCCGAUCAUCAACGACAGACUGCAGUCGGCGUUGACGUCCCUGCUGCCCAAUAGCCAGAACGCCAAUGACUUCAACAAUUUGUCUCUUCUUCAGGCUUGCAAAUUACUGGACCUUCUCAUCGCAUUGUCGCCUGAUGAAUUUCAGCUACACGAGUGGCUAUAUAUCACCGACACUGUUGAUGCCGUAUAUCAGCCAGCAGAUUGGAAUUCUGCAGCUCUAUCAGACCAGGUUGCGGAGGUGCUGGGAUCCACUACUGCGGACGACAACCUGAUCACGGCCACGCCUAACACUUCCGCUUCAGCAGGACGCAGGCGAGCCCUCCUCGCAGACGACCUUCCAGUCGACAAGGACGAUAUCAAAGCUUUGCCAAAGGAAGAAUUUGUUCGUGCCGUGCUGAGGCCAUUCCUGAGUCAGCUGAGUAUCCACGCGUAUGAAAGCGUCUACAGUAUGGACAGUCUGGAUGCGGAUGCGCUCAAGAGAGACUUGCUGAAUGAUCUACUGGAUUUGGGCAGUAUUGUAGAGUAA